GAAAAGUCUUAAAAAUAUAAAAUUAAGUAAAAAACUAGUUUAAGUGAAAAAAUAUUCAUUUAAGACAAAUUGAGAGCGAUUAAACUUUAUGUGUUGUAUUAUCACAGCUUAUCAACAAAAUAAUUAAAAAUUGUAUAUUGUGCAUGCGUGACAGUCGUAAAUAAAUAAAAUCAUCGACACACUAAAGGACACCUUCUUUCCGUGAUAAAAAAGAAGAUAAAAGCAAUUUUUCUUUUCGCACUCAUUGUCGCUGUUCAUAACACGCGAAAUUCUUAAUUUCUUUAUUAUCUCGUUGAUAUUUUCUACUCGUGACACGAAUUCUCUCUUCUUCAUCAUAAAUCGCUGCUCAUAGGACGUGUUUUUGUAAACAUAUCUGAGAAACUUAUCCAUCUGUUUCACAAUUUUUUAUCACAAUCAGUGUGUUUUCGUGACUUUUUAUCUGUGACGAUGGAAAUCUCAGCUGUUUCAUUUUCACGCCAAAUUUCCGUCAAAGAUCCUUACUCAAGAUCAAAAGAGGCCCCCAAUGAUGCUAAUGAUGAUUUUAAAAUGUUUAUAAAUGACUAUGAAGUCACCGACUUUUCAUUGUUUAUUGAACAAAUGCUCAGCUCGAAUGACGUAAACUUUCCAGUCAUCAUGGACUUCCUUAAAAUAAAUAAUAUAGUUCCGGAAUUAAAUGAGAUUUACAACAACAUUGGCUUUGGAAUUGUGACAAAAUUAAGUGAUGAAAAUGCUAAAUGGAGACUGAUUAGGAAUCUGACAUACUUGAGAGAAAAUGAAUGUGAUGUGGAUCUAGAAUUACUGAAUUUCCUGAGGUCGUUAACGUUUGGCGGGAAUAUUAUUAAGCACGGUGAUUUAUCAACGAAUAUCGAAGUAAUGAGGACGAUCUUGCCAUUUUGUACCAAUUUCUUCAUCGAUGAUAGAUAUUGGAAUAAGAUUCGAUACUUUUGUUUAGACACACAGGAAGUCAAAGAUGCCAUAGAGUUUUUAAUCCUCAAUUACGGCAAGCACAAAAAUUGCAAAUAUCUUCAACGUCCACAGAAGAAUGCAUUUUCACUCAAACAUUUAGCUCGUAAUAAGGUACGAGACAUCAUUUAUUCGUCAAAUUAUGGCAACAAAAACUACAAUGUGACAUAUUAUAAUUUGUGUGAAACUAAUUUGCCGGCAAUACUUUUCAAGUACAUUAACUUUUUAGAUUAGCAGUAAAAGGUAAAUGCAUUGGGGGGG